AUGCUGCCUUGGAAGAAGAAUAAGUUCGACUUGAUUGAGGAAGAUAAACAGUCGAAGCAGAAGGGUUAUGCCGUGAGUUUGAACUACUCUGCCCUGACCUCCUUUGCCAAGUCUUGCCCGGAGAGUGCUUUGAACAGGGUUGGAAGCAUGUUCAAGACAAAAAGGAAAAAGGUUAAAAUUACCAGUGAGGACCCCACCUACACGGUCCUCUACCUGGGGAAUGCCACCACCAUCCAGUCGAAAGGAGAAGGCUGUACGGACGUGGCUGUGAGCAAGAUUUGGGGCAAGAGCGAAAUGGGCAGAAACGGCACGAAGAUGAAACUGACUAUCAGCUCGCAGGGCAUCCGAAUGGUGCAUGUGGACGACAAGGCGAGGAGACCGGGACAUUUGUAUUUAUUGCACCGGAUAACCUAUUGCGUUGCGGAUCCAAGGCUACCCAAAAUUUUCGCUUGGAUAUACAGACAUGAGAUGAAGCACAAGGCGGUGAUGCUGCGGUGUCAUGCCGUUCUGGUGUCCAAGCCGGAGAAGGCAAAGGCCAUGGCACUGCUUUUGUACCAGACCUCGGCGACAGCGCUUUCUGAAUUUAAAAGACUUAAAAGGAGGGACGAUGCAAGGCACCAGCAACAGCAGCUGAUAGGGGAACAAACCAUACCCCUUGUGCCCCUCAGGAAGCUUCUAAAUGGACAGUGUUAUUACAAACCCCCGGUGGAGCGCAGCAGGAGCGCGCCCAAAUUGGGCUCUAUCACAGAGGAUUUGAUCGGGGAGGAGGAAGAAGAGAAAGCGAUGCACUUUGAGUGUGAGGACAUUUUAGACACGGAUGACGAUUGUGUGGGCAAUGGUAAACAGGAGCUGGCCCAGAUCAUCAGUGACCUUGGAGAGAUGAGCAUAGGAAACGACGUGCAAACACUAAAAGCGGACCUUAGGGUUACACGACUCCUCUCUGGGGAGAGCACGGGCAGCGAGUCGUCAAUAGAAAGCAACCAGGAGCCAAUUUCUGUCUCAAACGGAUUCGAGGAGGGGAAGAUGCAGGAAAUAUCAUGA